AGUUCGGUGAAGCUCCAGACCACAUCGGAGCAGCGGCGCUCCGCUCACACCUCACCCGGAAUACACGCUGCUGCUGCCGGCUCCCGGUCGGCUCUGGUCCCGCUGUAGGAGGACCGGUCUACAGGAGGCGUUUAGACCGCUACAGGAGGAUCCAGGAGGGCUUUGGUCUCUGUGGAGGUGGACAGACGGCAACAGGAUGCUCAGGCUGCUGAUCUGUCUGAUUCCUCUGGUGGGCUGCAGCAGGACGGUCACUCAGGACGUCCCGUAUAAAGAGAGACACGGCCACGAUGAUGUUGCCGUGACGACGAGGCCUCACAUCUAUUACUGCCGCUCUCCCAACAUGGAGGACUUCAGCUGUUGGUGGCAUCCGCUGGACAACCUGACGGACGGAGAGACGGCGGCGUACGUCCUGAGCUACUCCAAAGAUAAAGGACCCAAACACGAGUGUCCGGACUACGUGACCUCAGGCCCCAACAGCUGCCACUUCGACAGCAGCCACACGUCCAUAUGGAAGAUCUACUGCAUGAACGUGACGGCCAUCACGGCCCACGGGAACUACACCUCCCCGGAGCACUGCCUGGACGUGGCGGAGAUCGUUCAAACCGAGGCUCCCGUCAACCUGACCUACGUGCUGAAAGACGCCGGCGGGGACGAGAUGGGACACAACGCGCUGCUGUCCUGGAUGUACCCGGUCCCCUCGGACCUGAAGUACGGCUGGAUCACCCUGGUGUACGAGCUGCAGUACAGACGAGUGACCGAGCCGGACAACUGGAAGGUGAAGCAUCCUCUCAGAGAGCCUCACGUCGAGCUGCUCGGCCUCCCGGUCGGAGACUACGUCAUCAGAGUCCGCUGCCGCUCGCACAACUACGGCCUGUGGAGCAAAUGGAGCUCCACGCUGGUGAUGAGCAUCCCCGCCAGGCCGCCCGCAGGUAAACUCCUGGUGAGGAUCCUGGUCUCUGGAGUCGGGGUCGUGGCUCUGCUGGUGAUCGCGUUCGGCGUCAUCCCUCAGAGCAAAAGAAUAAAAGACUACUUCUUGCCGCCCAUCCCAAAGCCGAGGAUCGUUGGCAUCGACCCGCUGCUCCUGAAGAAGGGGAACCUGGAUGAGAUCAACCACCACUUCAGUAACUUCCACAGCUACCGACCUCCGAGCUACAGCGAGGAGGUCUGGGACCAGGUGAGCGCCGACGACGUCUGUCUCACCACGCCCAGGGACCACUACAUCCCCACCGCCCCCACCGACCGGGAGAGGGACACCCUGAUGGCUCAGAGCGACCUGACACCCGGGGCCGCCCACCAGUCGUUCAUGGCCCCACACCCGACGCCGUACGUGCAGAGCGUGUCGCCCUACUGCUCCUCCCCUCCUGAAGCCUUCGCCCCCAUGAUGGACGUCCCGUCCCCCUGGCCCCGACCUGAGAUCGUGUCCCUACCGGGGACAGAGUACAGCAUCAUGGGUCACCCAGGCCUCCCUACCUCUUUCCCCACUACUGACCUGAACGCCGCCGCUGUCCCCGCCAGCCGCUCGCCGCAGGAUUUCUACACCUGCGUCCAGCUCAUGAACGACAGCGGUCAGGUGCACCUGGUGCCCUGCCUGCCGCCGGCGUACUGCCAGGAGUCGCCGUCCUUCCUGAGGGUCGACUCGGAGGCAGAGGAGAAGAAGAAGAAGCUGGCUGACUACCAGGCGCUGAGGAGUGUCUUAAACCGACAGACAGAAGGCGGCGAGGCUGAGAGGAGCGAGGCGGCGGACCCCCUGCUGCCUGUCACGGUGGAUAACAGAGCCUGAAAGAGGAUUUAAAAACCCUGUAAAAACUGCUGAAACAUGGAGACUGUGUCCGUGUUCACUGCUGUAAAGACCGCACUCCACUUCAGAGAGGAAGAGAACCGUGGAAACUUAAACGCACGUUACUCCAGACAGACGCUGCAGAACAGAAUAAACCGGUUCCUCUGGACCUGAUCCUCUCUCUGGUUCUGGUCAGUCUGCUCAGAGACAGACGUACAUGGACCAAACCUUUGGUUUUACAGCCACAGUCGAUCAGAUUUGAUAUAAAAGGCCAAAUUCACUGGAUUUAAAAACAGUCAUGUAGACCCUGAACAUGUUUAAGAAGCAGGAUCCUGGUGUAGAAUUACCCAGACUGAACAAACUCCUGGUCCAACCCCUGCAGGACGACUGUGGUGUUAGAGAUUCACAGCUGUUUUUAGUUAGCAUCCAUGCUCUCUUUCAUGUUUAUUAUUGUGUUUUCCACAUAUUAGCCUUAUUCACCCUACUUAGGAAGACUACUACUUCUUUAACGCCAUAACAACAAUCCUAUUAUAUUACCAAUGAGUGUUUAAAUUACUGAAUCCUGCUAGCUUCCGCUCAUCCUUCCUUUUCUGGGUUUUCUAUUAUCAAACAUACGACCGUACGUACAUGUGCCGACUCAAUUAGAGAAUAUUUGAUUAUCCUGAACAUGAGAGAAAUAUAAAUCAGCAUGUGAAGGCAGUGAAUGUCUCUGAAUACGGCUCAUUAUCUCGUUGUUCUCUCUUACUCUUCAGAAUUCACCAGAAGUUAUGAUGAAGCAUACCGAGCUUCAACAUAAACCGUAAAACUUCACAUAAAAUCUGGGGUUGCUCCAUGUCAUGACUAAUUAAGGCAGCACUAAGCUCCAGGCCCCACGCCCUCAUUCUCAAUCUUCAUCUGUGCAUGAAUUUGUUACAAAUAAAGGCCUGUUUCAUACUGAAGCCUGUCCCAAAUAAGGGCCUGUUUCAUACUGAAGACUGUCCCGAAUAAGGGCCUGUUUCAUACUGAAGCCUGUCCCAAAUAAGGGCCUGUUUCAUACUGAAGACUGUCCCAAAUAAAGGCCUGUUUCAUACUGAAGACUGUCCCAAAUAAGGGCCUGUUUCAUACUGAAGCCUGUCCCAAAUAAGGGCCUGUUUCAUACUGAAGACUGUCCCAAAUAAAGGCCUGUUUCAUACUGAAGACUGUCCCAAAUAAGGGCCUGUUUCAUACUGAAGACUGUCCCAAAUAAGGGCCUGUUUCAUACUGAAGACUGUCCCAAAUAAAGGCCUGUUUCAUACUGAAGACUGUCCCAAAUAAGGGCCUGUUUCAUACUGAAGACUGUCCCAAAUAAGGGCCUGUUUCAUACUGAAGCCUGUCCCAAAUAAGGGCCUGUUUCAUACUGAAGACUGUCCCAAAUAAAGGCCUGUUUCAUACUGAAGACUGUCCCAAAUAAGGGCCUGUUUCAUACAGAAACCUGUCCCAAAUAAGGGCCUGUUUCAUACUGAAGACUGUCCCAAAUAAAGGCCUGUUUCAUACUGAAGACUGUCCCAAAUAAGGGCCUGUUUCAUACUGAAGCCUGUCCCAAAUAAGGGCCUGUUUCAUACUGAAGACUGUCCCAAAUAAGAGAUUUUAUACUGAAGCCUAUAUCAAAUAGAGGACUGUUUCAUACUGAAGACUGUCCCAAAUAAGGGCCUGUUUCAUACUGAAGCCUGUCCCAAAUAAAGGCCUGUUUCAUACUGAAGACUGUCCCAAAUAAGGGCCUGUUUCAUACUGAAGACUGUCCCAAAUAAGGGCCUGUUUCAUACUGAAGACUGUCCCAAAUAAGAGCUUUUAUACUGAAGCCUAUAUCAAAUAGAGGACUGUUUCAUACUGAAGACUGUCCCAAAUAAGGGCCUGUUUUAUACUGAAGACUGUCCCAAAUAAGGGCCUGUUUCAUACUGAAGACUGUCCCAAAUAAGGGCCUGUUCCAUACUGAAGCAUGUCCAGAAUAAAGGCCUGUUUCAUACUGAAGCCUGUCCCAAAUAAGGGCCUGUUCCAUACUGAAGCAUGUCCAGAAUAAAGGCCUGUUUCAUGCUGAAGUCUGUCUCCAAUGACAGCCUGUUUCAUACUGAAGCCUGUCCCAAAUAAGAGAUUUUAUACUGAAGCCUAUAUCAAAUAGAGGACUGUUUCAUACUGAAGCCUGUCCCAAAUAAGGGCCUGUUUCAUACUGAAGCCUGUCCUAAAUAUAAGCCUGUUUCAUACAGGCACCUAUUGCAAAUAAAGGUCAAGCAAUGGUCUUGUUUCAUACAAGAGCCUGUCCUAGAUAAUGUCCUUGUACAUACCAAAGUCUGUUUCAAACCAUGGCCUGUUGCUUUGAGAAGCCUGUCCAAAAUAAUGGCCUGUUUCAUACAGAAACCUGCCUUAAAUUAAAGCUGGUUUCAUACAGAUGGCUAUCUCAAAUGAGGGCCUGUUUUAAACAAAAGCCUGUCCCAAAUAACAGUCCCUGUCAUAUGAAGACCUGUCUCAAAUAUUGCCAGUUUCAAUCAGAAGCUUGUCCCAAAAAAGGGCCUGUUUCUUACAUAAACCUGUCCUAAAUGACAGCCUGUUUCAUAACAAAACCCUGUCUCAAAUAACGUCCUGUUUCAUAUAAACCCUGUCCUAAAUAGUGGCCUGUUUCAUACAAAAGCCUGUCUCAAAUAAGGACCUGUUUCAAUGUAAAGGGUGUCCCAAUUAAAGGCCUGUUUCAUACCGAACCCUGUCCCAAAUGAUGGCCUAUUGUAUACUGAGGCUUAAAUAAAAGCCUAUGAAAGCCUGUUUCAACCUGAAGUCUGUCCCGGAUAAAGGCCUGUUUCAACCUGAAGUCUGUCCCGGAUAAAGGCCUGUUUCAACCUGAACCCUGUCCCAAAUAAGGGCCUGUUUUAACCUGAAGCCUGUCCCGUAUAAUGGCCUGUUUUAUACAGAAGACUGUCCAAAGAAAUGGCUUGCUUUAUAAAGAAGCCUGUCCCAAACUUCAGCCAGAUUUAUCUCGAAGCCUGUCCCAAACUUCAGCCAGAUUUAUCUCGAAGCCUGUCCCAAACAAGGGCCUGUUUAUACAGAACCCUGUACUAAUUGAAGGCCUGCUUCAUAGAGAAGUCUUCCCUAAAUAAUGGUCUGUUUUAACCUGAAGUAUGUUCCAAAGUUAGGCUUGUUUCAUUCAGAAGCCUGACCCAAAUACAGGCCUGUUUCAUACUGAUAAGAGAAUCCCAGACUUUUGCAUGAAGUUUUACGGUUGAACAUUAAUUUGUAUUCUCCAAACUUGUUCAAAGAGACUAAAUAGAUUUAACUUUGACCCCCUCAGGCUCUGAUUUAAAGAUCUGGUUUUAGAAAAUCUGUUUGCUUUCUGGUCUUUAGCCUCAGGAGGCUUCACUAUCUUCAGCACUGCUCUUCUGAUCAUAAACCAGUCAUUAAUGUGUGUGAUUCUGAGUGUUUAACAGAGGACAAACACAGCCACCUUUGAUUAUAAAGUUUAUAUUUUUGUAAUAGAUCUCUUUGGUCCUGUUUAACAAAGGAGUGUGGGACUUUUAUGCAUAAAUGAAAAAUGUAAAAAAAAAAAAAAAAAAAAAAAAAGCCAAACACUAUGCUGAUUAUUCACCACCAGAGCACUGAUGCAUUUUUCAUCAAAUCACCAGAUCUCACAGAUCAGAAGGAGGGAGUGGCUUCAGCUGGAAAUACAGAGAAGCUUUCAGAGAAACGUCUGAGGAUCCAGAGUUAGAAAACAGAACUUCUCCAGCAGGGGGAGACAGAGUUCUGCUCUGCAGGUUUCAUAACAAACACUAAAGUCUGUAUUUUCCAGAGAUGCUGUGUCUCAGUUUGGACGUUUCCACUUUUUCUGUCUUCACUUUCCCAGAAUUCAAACUUCCAAUCACAGCAGCAGUAGAAGUCCGGAAGACCUGGUUCUGAUCAAGUUCUUGUUUUUAAAACUCUUGCAUGCUGUGAACCUUUCAGUCCAUGGACUGAGUGAUUCUUAGAGUGGAAGAGUUCAAACUGAGACUCAGUUUCAGAGUUUUCUAGAAGAAUCAGGACAUUCUCUGACAGUACUGAUGUGAUCGUCUCUGAUUCUGUGGGAGCUCUCUGAGGUGGUGCUAAUAGAGGAUCAAAUCAAAGCAAUAUCUACCCAGAUGGACUCUAAAGAAGUGGACCCGACCCCGGUUUGUGUAAGCCCCGCCCUCCCUGACCUCUGACACCGGAAGCUCCGCCCGUGUUCCUCGUGGGUGUCAUCGUGUUGUCUCUUCUCGUGCCUGUACGUGCCUUUUUUCACAGAGCAGUAUUCGUUUGCUUUCAUACGGUGUUGUGUUGAAAUGUCAGCCGGCGUGCCACUCCUCCCCGCCAGGAAACGUGGCGAGAGAAGACUCUAAGUGUCUGCACACGUGUGCUGUGUUUAGAUCAGUGUUAGUUCUGUUUGCACCUCUUAUUGUGACAAAAGUACGGAACGUUUCCGCUCAGUGUGGGACUGUUGUCGGGCAGAAGCGCUUUGGAUUCAAUGCAAUAAAACGU